AUGGCCAACUUGCUGAAAGCUUUCUUGGACAGGUACAAAGCCGAGGAGCCGACGCCUCAGGGCCUGCAGAGGAUACAGCGUGACCUGGCAGAGCUGCACGCCGACCCCCCGCCGGGCGUGUUCGCGGCGCCCGAAGAGAACGACAUGUCCGUGCUGCACGCCGUCAUCGUGGGUUCCUGGGACACUCCUCUCGAAGGCGGCCUCUUCCACGUGGUGCUCAAGUGCCCGCCCGACUACCCGAUGCGGCCGCCUCACGCGUUCUUCUUGACCGGAGUGCAGGAGGGGGUGUCGUUUAACCUACACAUCGGUCGGGGCCACAUUUGCCUCAGCACACUAGGCACGUAUGGCGGAAUGAGUUGGAGCCCGGCGCAGACCAUCGGCAGCCUGCUGGUGUCCAUACAGUCCUUGCUUUCCGACGGCGCCGCGGAGCGAAUGCGCCAUAACACGGUCAGCAUCGCGGUGUGCGGCACGCUCGAAGGCUGCCUGAAGGAGCCGCCAGCCUCGGAUGCGAUGCCGCCGGCUCUGAAGAAGCAAGUCCUCAAGUACUUCGUCGACAACUACGCCAAAUACGAGGACUCGGUCAAGGCGAGGAUCGGUUCCUCCUCGGGAAUGUUGUCGUCGCUUACGGGGAACAGCAGUUACGAGCCACUCCUCCAGCGACUUCGUGACAUCAAGAAGAAGGUCGACGAAGAGAAGGCGGCCGAUGGACAGCAAAAUGACGAGUGA